GCGAGACGAUUAGUCUCGCGGUGACCGUCCCGCCGAUCGGUUCAAGUUUUCGGGUUUCAGGGAAGAGUUAGCUUCCAAAUUGCUUCCAGAGAUUGCAAGUCUCGUUCAAGUGUUGUGCUACAGGAACAAACGGAUGGCACGUUUAAGCGCCAAGUGAUUAUUGAUUCCCGCAGUCCUGAUUCGGCAAAAGACCAUCCAACCAACAACGACGUUUUUUCGGGGAUUAAGCAACUAGAUGAAGUUCAUCUAUAAGAACUUUUGACGAUCAAAUCCAGUGGCUCAAGGUUGGACCAAUUAUUCUAACAUUUAAAAGGCUCAUUUGAGAGAAUAAACAGUUAUUUAAUUUCCCUCUGGCCCUCAAAAAAGGAAAGUGACUUAAAAAAUAUCGAUCAAAACAGCCGCUCAAAUGUGUGCAUCACUAGAAGUGAGUCAGUGCUAUUAAGAACUAACAAAAUCGAAAACCGUUAAAUCAGCGAAAGAAAUAAAGUGUUGGUACAAUUCGUACAGCGAGUGUUCAAAAUGGCAAAACCAGGUGAAAAGGUGAACCCAAGCAAGGGCACGAGCACGCCCAAGAAGAACAGCACCUGGACCGAGAAGCUGCGCUAUUGGAAGGAAAACAUCACGGUGGAACCGAUAGUGGCCUGCUACAUCAUGCCCAGCGUGCUGGCCGGGCUGGCAACGCAGAACCUCAAUCUGGAAAAAGCCUGCCGGGUUAAUCUGGACUACGGGGAUGUAGUUUGUGAUGCGCUGACUCGGAGGGAUACAGCCAAUUAUACGCAUGAGGAAGCGAUGGUCCAGCAGAUGGUGGCUCGGAUGGCCGGCUGGAAAACGGUACUCCAGAGUGCGCUACCCUGUCUGCUGAUUCUGUUCUGGGGCUCGUGGAGUGAUCGCCAUGGACGGCGGAAACCCUGCAUACUGAUACCGAUCAUCGGGGAGUUUGCAACGGCCGUCGGGCUGAUCCUGUGCACCUACUUCGAGCGACUUCCGAUGGAGGUGGCCGGCGUCACGGAAGCUCUCUUUCCGGCGCUGUCCGGCGGUUGGUUUACCAUGUUCAUGGGGGUGUUCAGCUACAUUGCCGACGUAACGACAACCGAAGAGCGCACCCUGAGGAUCGGGAUCGUAAAUCUGUGCUUUUCGCUGGGUGUUCCCAUCGGGAUGGCUUUUAGCGGAAUUUUGCUAAAAAAAAUCGGAUUCUACGGGGUGUUUUCCAUCUCGGCUGCCCUGUACCUGUUCGCGUUCUUCUACGGGGUGAUUUUCCUGAAGGAAACCAACGUCCGCAGCUCCGAGGUUAGCGAGAAGGAUCAACUGCGGUUGCAGGAGAAGGGCUUGCUCGCAGAUUUCUUCGACAAGAAGCACGUGGUGCAAACCUUCCGGGUGGCGUUCAAGAAGGGCGAAAACCAACGGCGGCUGCGGGUCAUUAUGCUCAUGAUUGUGGUUAUGGUCGUCAUCGGUCCGAUGCACGGUGAAAUGUCCGUCAUCUACCUGUUCACUCGAUAUCGGUUCAACUGGAGCGAGGUGGAGUUUAGUUUCUUUUCGACGUACGGGGUGCUUACCGGUCUGGUGGGAACACUAUUUUCGGUUGGCGUCUUUUCCCAUAUGCUCAAGAUUGACGAUGCCCUUAUCGGGGUGAUGUCCUGUAUGAGCAAAAUCCUGUCCAGCUUCGUGUACGCCUUUGCCGCAACCACGUGGCAGCUGUAUUUGGGUCCCAUCGUGGAGAUGUUGAACGGAACGUCGUUCAUUUCGAUGCGCUCAAUCGCAUCGAAAUUGGUGGCCAGUGAUGAGCUGGGCAAGGUGAAUUCACUUUUUGGAGUUGCCGAAGCGUUGAUGCCGUUAGUAUACGCCCCAAUGUAUACAACGCUAUACGCAGCAACAAUUGACUCACUACCGGGCGCAUUCUUUUUGCUUGGUGGGGCACUGACAGCACCGGCUGUCGUUAUCUUUAUGUGGAUGUACGGUGUUCACAAACGGGAAGAGCGAACACUAGCCGAGGAUGCCAAGUUGAAGGAUAAGUACAACAAAAUUGCUGACGGCAUGGAAAACGGAUCCGCCAUCAACGGUUGCGCGACGGUUUCCUACGGAACGGUUCAUAGUGCAGCGGCCUACGUACCAGCGACCAGCGAUUGGACACCGGUAACGUUGGUGGCCAACCGAGAUGAAACGGCACAGGAAGUUCCUUCGGCAGGUGUUCUGCGGGUGCGAAAAUCUCUGGAACACGAAUGUGGUGUGGUAAAUGACGGAUUUGAAGCUGACGAUGCUGGUGUUGAUCAGAGCGAGAAGAAGGGGAAUCUCGAAAACGAUCGAACUGCGGAGCAAACGAAAUGACGCAAACUGUGAUUUGUUAAAUGUUGUAGUGUAUCUUAGUGUUAAGUGUUACCUGACAAAAGUAUUUCUAAA